AUGGCCUCUGUUAAAAGACAGCGUCCAGCCGACGGACUCGCAGUCACGCAGAAAGUGUUUGUGCGGUCCCGCAAUGGUGGUGCCCUGAAGAUUGUUCGCGAGCACUAUUUGAGAGACGACAUUCCGUGCUCCAGCGUCUGUUGCGACGAUUGCGAGGAAUACUACAGGCCUUCUCCUGAUGGCCAGCCCAGCGAGCCUAUCUUGAGCGGCGAGCCCCUGGAGAUCACCAAGAACGGCAUUGGAAGACACUACUUGAUUCUGGACACCAACGUGGUUCUGAAUGCUAUAGAUCUGCUCGAAAGCGACAAGGUGUUCUACGACGUGGUUAUUCCGCAAACAGUGCUGGAAGAAGUGCGAAACCGCAGCUAUCCGAUAUACAUGCGUCUGCGCGCGCUGUGCAAGAACGACGACAAGCGUUUUGUGGUGUUUCACAACGAAUUCAAGACCGACUCGUUUGUUUCGCGCGAGAAAGGCGAGUCUGCGCAGGACUACAACGAUAGACUGAUCAGAAAAUGCGCAUUGUUCUACAGCCAGCACCUGGCAAAACAUAAACUCUCGGUCGUGUUGCUGACUAGCGACAAGAAUAAUAUCGAAAAGGCCGUCAACGAGGGAAUCAGAACCAUGUCGUUGCACAGUUACGUUUCUCUGCUACCGAACUACAGCGAGCUCGAGGACAUGCUGCCGUCCAACGAGACGUUUUCGCGCCAGCUCACAGAGAUCAGCUACCAGGAGUACUACUCGCCUGCGCGUCUGAUGGGCGGAAUCAAGAGCGGAACCCUGUUCCAGGGCACAAUCAACAUUUCGUCGUACAAUUUCUUGGAAGGCUCGAUUUCCGUGCCGUCGAUGCCGAAACCGCUGCUGGUUUUGGGCAGAGAGAACCUGAACCGGAGCUUCAACGGCGACACCGUCGUGGUGGAGCUGUUGCCGAAAAACAAGUGGAAAAAACCGUCGACGGAGAUUGUCGACGAGGAGACCAUCAACAGCAACGGAGUCGGCGACGAGGACGAGGACGAAGUGGUCAUUUCGGACCAGGAGCGGCGACUGCUUGCCGAGCACGCGGUGGCUGCGCAGGGCGAGGACCAGAAGGUGAUUCCGACCGCGCGAGUCGUGGGCAUUGUGAAACGCAGCUGGCGACUGUAUGUUGGGCAGCUGGCCCCGAAUUCUGCCUCCAAGGACCAGGUGGGCGGCAACGCGGCGAAGUCGUGUUUUGUCAUAUUGAUGGACCGGUCGCUACCGAAGGUGCGCAUCCGCACCAGACGGGCCCGCGAGCUGCUGGGAAAGCGGAUCGUCGUGGCCGUCGACUCGUGGAGCCCGACGUCCAAGUAUCCGGACGGCCAUUUUGUGCGUGUUCUGGGCGACGUCGAGGACAAGGACGCGGAGCAGGAGGCUCUUCUUUUGGAGCACGACGUGGAGUACAGGCCGUUCUCGAAGAACGUUUUGGACUGUCUUCCUAAGGAGGGCCACGACUGGAAAGUGCCGGAGAAACUCGACAACGGCGACCCGCAGCUGGCGCAAAGACGCGAUCUCAGAGAGAAGCUCGUGUGCUCGAUCGACCCGCCGGGCUGUGUGGACAUCGACGACGCGUUGCACGCCCAGCGUCUGCCCAACGGGAACUACGAGGUGGGCGUGCACAUUGCGGACGUGACGCAUUUCGUGAAGCCUGGAACGGCGCUCGACCAGGAGGGAGCCUCCCGAGCCACGUCGGUGUACCUGGUGGACAAGAGAAUCGACAUGUUGCCGAUGCUGCUCGGCACGGAUCUGUGUUCGCUGAAGCCGUAUGUGGACAGGUUUGCGUUCACUGUUCUCUGGGAAAUGGACGAGGACGCCAACAUUGUGCGCGUGGACUACUUCAAGUCGAUCAUUCGGUCGAAGGAGGCGUUUGCGUACGAGCAGGCGCAGUUGCGGAUGGACGACCCGGCCCAGCAGGACGAGCUGACCCAAGGUAUGCGGAUUCUGUUGCAACUGUCGAAAAAGCUCAAGCAGAAGAGACUCGACGCUGGCGCAUUGAACCUCGCGUCGCCAGAGGUGAAGGUGCACAUGGACAGCGAGACGUCCGACCCGGGCGAGGUGGAGGUGAAAAAACUCGUGGAGGCCAACUCGCUCGUGGAAGAAUUCAUGCUUCUGGCCAACAUCUCCGUGGCCAAGAAAAUCUACGACGAGUUCCCGCAGGUGGCCAUGCUCAGACGGCACGCGGCGCCGCCGGCCACGAAUUUCGAGGCCUUGAACGACAUGUUGCGCGUGCGCAAAGGAAUGCAUAUUUCUUUGGAGAGCUCGAAAGCACUGGCAGACUCGCUCGACAGGUGCGAGGACCCGCAGGACCCGUAUUUCAACACUCUGCUGAGAAUUAUGGCUACGCGGUGCAUGAUGGCCGCCGAGUACUUCUCUGCCGGCAACUACGGCUACGAGGAUUUCCGUCAUUACGGUCUUGCUACCGAGAUCUACACCCACUUCACCUCUCCAAUCAGACGGUACUGCGACGUCGUGGUGCACAGACAGCUUGCGGCCGCUAUUGGCUACGAGCCAUUGCACCCGCUGCACAGAGACAAGGCCAAGAUGGACCUGGUGGUGAAGAAUAUCAACAAGAGACACAGAAACGCGCAGUUUGCUGGACGGGCCAGUAUCGAGUACUACGUGGGCCAGGUGAUGAAGAACACGCAGAGCGUGCACGAGGGAUACGUGAUCAAGGUGUUUUCGAACGGCAUUGUUGUUUUGGUGCCGAAGUUCGGCGUCGAGAGUCUGAUCAAGCUAGAAAGUCUUGGAGACAUCAGGACGAGCCAUUUUGACGAGGACCUGUACAAGCUGACUUUCACAGACAAAAACGGCAGCGAGCGCCAGGUGAGCGUGUUCGACCGCGUCCAGGUUUCUGUCACGUCGCAGCUGGACGAGAUGACCGGCAAGAGAAAAGCGCAGCUGCUGCUGGCAUAA